CCUCGACAUUGCUUUAAUGGCCCGUGCUCGACCGAUAACUCUCAAAGUGCUAUCACCAGAUGCUUGUAUGACUUUGUUUGCAUUUCAUGCUCUUGGAGACCGAAAUUUCGAUGGUCGUACCGAUCUUGAAGUAUUAGGCCGGAAAAUAGUAGAAAAAUGCAAAGGUUUGCCAUUAGCCGUGAAGGCAUUGGCCGGGCUGCUACGUGCUAAAGUCAGUCCCCGUGAAUGGGAAGCUGUAUUGAAUAGCAAGAUUUGGGAUCUACCGGAAGAAAGAAUUAACAUCCUUCCGGCUUUGAAACUUAGCUACCUCCAUCUCCCUUCCUAUUUGAGGAGAUGUUUCGCUUACUGUGCUAUAUUUCCCCAAGACUAUGAAAUCCAGCGAGACGAGUUGAUUCACUGGUGGAUUGCAGAGGGCUUCGUUGAGGGAAAAGAAGGAAAGGACCGUUGGAAUGCAGGUUUGAAUUAUUUUGACGAGCUAGUAUCUAGAUCGUUAUUUCAAAAUUCGAGUAGCAGUGAAUUAAGAUUCUUGAUGCAUGAUCUUGUGAAUGACCUGGCAAAGUUAGUGGCGGGUGCAACCCAUUUUAGCUCAGGGGAGCUUGAGUUUGAGCAUGAUAAAAAAAAUGCAUCUUUAGCUCGUCAUGCCUCAUUCAUUUCCAGUAUUCACAUUGUACCGGAAAGAUUCAAGAUAUAUCAUCAAAUGAAGGGACUUAGGAGCUUCAUAUCGUUAAGGAAGCAAUCUAGCCCUUAUUCCUAUUUGUCCCAGAAAGUGAUAUGUGACUUGUUGCAAGCAUUGAAGUACUUGAGAGUGAUUUCAUUAAGUCACUACGGCAUCGGAGAGGUACCGGAUUGCAUUGGCAAACUGAGGCACCUAAGGCACCUUAAUCUGUCGUAUACUAAUAUCAAAAUGCUUCCAAAGUCAAUUGUUGCAUUGUACAAUCUAGAGGCUUUGAUGUUGCGGGGCUGUAAUGAGCUUAUCAAAUUACCCGAAGAUAUGGAAAAACUGAUCAAUCUGAGAUAUCUCGAUAUUACCGACACUCCGAGCCUAAUAGGGAUGCCACUGAAUAUAGGUAAUUUGGUAGGUCUUGAGAUGUUGUCGAAGUUUGUAGUGGGAACGGAAAAUGGCUCGAGAUUGAAGGAGUUAAAAAAUCUGGAGAACCUUAGAGGGGAAUUAUGCAUCUCUGAUUUGCAUAUGGUUCAAGAAGCCAGAGAUGCCACGGAUGCCAAUUUAUACACGAAGAAGGGAAUAUGCCGGUUAACCAUGCAAUGGUGUAGAGAUUUUGAGAAUUUCCGGGAUGAAGAGCUUGAAGCAAAGGUCCUUGACUUACUUUGCCCUCACCAAAACCUUCAAAUUCUCAAAAUAUUUUUUUAUGGUGGCCUAGAAUUCCCAUCAUGGUUAGGAAGUCCCCCACAUGUUAACAUAGUGCAUUUACAUUUACACGGGUGUCGUAGGGCCAAAACAUUACCAUCACUCGGGCAACUAUCUUCGCUGAAAGAACUGUACAUCGAAGGUCUAAAUGCAAUAUGCAAGGUUGGAUCUGAAUUUUAUGGAACUAGAAGUCCUUUUAUGUCCUUAAUAACUCUGGAAUUCAAGGACAUGCCAUUAUGGGAGGACUGGUCUCAUUGGGUCGGCACUGAAGAAGUAGGAGUUUUGUUCCCUCGUCUUGAGCAUCUCAUCAUACAAGAUUGCCCUAUUUUGAUCGGAACAUUGCCUAGUCAACUAAGCUCCCUCAUAGAGCUUGAAAUCAACUCCUGUCCUCGUAUGGAUGCCUCGCCCUCUAUCACGAGCCUUCCAUCUCUUGAGAAAUUAAAGUUUCGAGGUUGUAAUGAGGGGGUGCUGAAGAGUUUGGUGAACUUGACAUCUCUAACCGCUCUUGCUGUAAAAGAUGUUGCUAACCUAACUUGCUUAAGUCAUGGGUUUACAAGCUCCCUGAUCAAACUAGAGGAGUUGGAGAUGGGAAAUUGUAAAAAGCUAUUGUACUUGUGGCAAGACAUAGAUAUAAUUGGGAAUCUCGCUUGCCUGAAGAGGUUAGUCGUCCAUAAUUGUUCGGAAUUCAUAUAUUUUGGGGCUGGAAAAGGAGAUAUAGAGCUGCCCAUCAACCUCGAGACUAUCGAAUUGACAGAUUGCGUCAAUUUAGAGAAGCUCCCAUGCAAAAUGCAUACCCUCUCCUCUCUUAUAAACUUGACGGUUGAUAACUGUCCAAAACUCGUGUCUUUCCCCGAAACAGGUAUACCAACAUCGGUGAUAUCAUUAUAUGUCGGACGCUGCAAUAUGUUGCAAUCUUUAGCCAGAGGAUUAAGUAUUCAUCCGGAUGAACCAAGCAGCGGCAACAGCAGCAAUAGCAAUAACCGCAUUGACAUGACGUCUUGUCUGCAAGAAUUAACAAUUGACGGAUGCAAUUCUCUACCAGCUUCUCUAUUCAGCGAGGGUAGAUUUUUACCUGCGACCCUCAAGACACUUAAAAGGAGGAUUCAGGCUCGAAUGCUGUUAUAUGCGGGGAAGAGAUUGGGGGGGGGGGGGGGGAUUUUAAUAUUAUCUGAGCUUUGGCUUCUUUUUUUGGAAAAGGGAAUUCCGUAUUUUAAUUAUUAUUUUAGAAGAUUUUAG